AUGCCACAGCUAGGUAGCAUAGUGGACGAUGGCUCGGAGGUUGAAGAUGUGCCUACUGGCGUGUGCAAAGUUGCGGUGUGGAGAGAGGACCCCUUGUUGUCUCGUCAGCGGCUUGCUGUGCUGUUUUGCGUGGAGUCGACUCUACCGAAGUUGAUCUCUCAACCAGCGCGGCCCAAUGACAUGCGCUGUUGUAGCAACGUGUGGGAGGUAGCUGGCCACUAUGGCCACUACGAUUUUCCUUACUCUCUCCCGCCAACUCUGGCCAGCCUGGUACCGUCCACUGCCACCGUCGCCCCAAGUUCCCGCACGCCGCACACCCCGGCCAAGCCUUUUUCACAACGGCACGCCCUUCGUCCAUGGGCGAUGCUCGACAUGCUAACUUCCUCGCCAACCAUCUCAGCGCCCUCGUCGCCCUCGACUGCAUUCCACGCCUCUGCCCAUCGCCCGUACCAUGCCUCGCGACGCACCUCGGCCUCCUCUACCAGCGCCCACUCUCCCCGCUUCGCCUUGACCAGCGCGCCCGCCCGCCGUUUGGACGCGCCCACAACUCCACGGCCUGCCUUUGUAGCGCCUUUGCCCGUGGCUGCUGCUGCUUCUGCUUCUGCUUCUGCUUCGACCACCGCGCCCGCACCGCAGAGUGAGACCCAGAUCCAGAGCCAGAGCCAGAGCCAGUGCCAGUGCCAGAGCCACAGCUGCAAACCCAACUACGCAGACGCAAGCACCCAAUAUACUCCCGACGGCCUGCCCCCUACCUACCGUGCCCCACAAACAGCCCCCGACAUUGCCAACUGCACCUCUCUCGACUCGGCGGCACCCAACGCUUCUGCCAUUGCGCAUACACAGCGGGGGCACGCCUCCGCUAGGCCCGUCGUUACGGAGCCCCCAGAACCCAAACUGCGGCUCGAUCCGCAGCCUCUCUCUCCCGCACACCAUGUCCAGCCCCAGACCCGACGGACGCCCAAGCAGAAAGCAGAGGGCUCCCCCGACCACGUUGCGACACACAAGGGAGCGAGCACCGUCUUGCACGUGUCUGCCUCCCCCGCCAAGCGAGUCCGACCCGAGCAAGACCGGCAUGUCAAGGUGAUGCCGCUGCAGUAUGAGACGUGCGAUGUCCAGGAUCUUGGUGUGCUCAUCUCGGAUAUGCUCAUGGAGCUCGUCCGUCUAAAUGAUGGAUAUCCUCUUCGUGACGGCACUCUUACGCGCUUCCAUUCAAGAGCCCCUCCUGGCAUAUCAGUCCGCGACUAUCUGUCCCGUCUCAUCGUCCACGCCACACUCUCCCCUCCCAUCCUUCUCUCCAUGGUCUUUUAUGUAGACAAAUUAUGCGCCAUGUAUCCCGCCUUCACCAUCAGCAGCCUCACGGUCCAUCGAUUCCUCAUCACCGCAGCCACAGUGGCAGCAAAGGGCCUCAGCGAUAGCUUCUGGACAAACAGCUUGUACGCGCGUGUGGGUGGUGUCAGUGUCCGAGAGUUGGCCCUGCUCGAGCUGGAGUUCUUGCGUAAGCUGGACUGGCGGAUAGUCCCCAAGCCCGAGGUGCUGGUAGACUACUACAAAGGUCUAGUCGAUCGCGGCACUGGAUACGUCAUGGAGAAGGAGUCAGAGACAGAGGCAGCAGCUAGUGCUAAUCAGGCGCACUCGUCCAAUGGCGAAGGCGGCGUGAUUCUUUGGCGUUUCCUGCCCUCACUGCCCUCAUUCGCUGUUCGACUGCGAAUGGUGAGGAAAAAUAAAUCCCCCCUCUUCCCCCCUUCCACGCCAUACGCACAUGGUGGUCUCGAGGGCUCAUAUUUCGAACUAGGCUCGUGGAAGGCGAACCUCGUGAAGCAUGACUCGAGGUUGAGCCACGCCGACAAGAAGCCCUGGACGACCUACAGCUGUCAUUUCCAAGGGACAUGCGGUGCGCUCAACCAUGGCCAUGGCCAUGCUGUUGCACACCACAACUGUACGGCACGGCUCGUUACAGCCCGCUUGCAGCGGGGCCGUAGGCUGCAGUAUGACAACACGAAGAACAGACUUGCAGCCAUGCAAGGUCCCUGA